AUGGUUUGUUCAAUUAUAGUUUUGUCCAUACUGAUGACGAUUGCGUGUUGGGAUGAUUCAGUGAAUGGUGAGAUUCCGUCUUCGGAAAACGAUGUUGCUCCAAUUCAUUUGAGUGCAGGAAUGAGUAAUGAUGGUGAUCGUGAUUCUAGUUUUACCAAAUGGAGACCAGGAAAUCAGCACGGACGCAGGGAGAAAAGGUUUGGUUUAAUUUCUUCUAAUGCAUAUGGGCGUGGCUAA